AUAGAGUUCUGUCGCGGCUAUAGAGCGCCGCGAGGGCACCCGGAAGUGGGACGUGCGCUCCGCCGGCCGGGAAGAUGGCGGAAGUGGAGGUCCCCAACGCCACUCGAGAGGCACUCAAUGCCACCCUGCGCGCCACGCUGGCGGUUACCACCAAGCUGGUGGCGCCCACGCCCGCCAAGCCGAUCCUUCCCGUGCAGACUGGAGUCGAAGCGCAGCAGGAGGAGCAGUCCAGCGGCAUGACUAUAUUCUUUAGUCUGCUUGUAUUAGCUAUCUGCAUCAUAUUGGUGCAUUUACUGAUAAAGUACAGACUUCAUUUUUUGCCAGAGAGCGUGGCUGUUGUUUCUUUAGGUAUCCUCAUGGGAGCUUUCAUAAAAAUUAUAGAGUCUCAGAAACUGGCCAACUGGAAGGAAGAAGAAAUGUUUCGUCCAAAUAUGUUUUUUCUUCUUUUGCUUCCACCUAUUAUAUUUGAAUCGGGAUAUUCAUUGCACAAGGGUAACUUCUUUCAGAAUAUUGGUUCCAUCACCCUAUUUUCUGUAUUUGGCACAGCUAUUUCAGCCUUCAUCGUAGGAGGAGGAAUUUACUUCCUGGGUCAGGCAGAAGUAAUUUAUAAACUCAACAUGACAGACAGUUUUGCAUUUGGAUCCUUAAUAUCUGCAGUUGACCCAGUGGCUACUAUUGCCAUCUUCAAUGCUCUUAAUGUAGAUCCUGUGCUUAACAUGUUGGUAUUUGGAGAAAGUAUUCUUAAUGAUGCAGUCUCCAUUGUCCUGACAAACACAGCAGAAGGUUUGACAAGAGACAAUAUGUCAGAUGUUAGUGGAUGGCAAACCUUUCUACAAGCAUUGGGUUACUUUCUUAAGAUGUUCUUUGGCUCUGCAGCCCUUGGCACCCUUACCGGGCUUAUUUCAGCAUUAGUGCUAAAACAGAUUGAUUUAAGGAAAACACCCUCCUUGGAAUUUGGGAUGAUGAUUAUUUUUGCUUAUCUCCCAUAUGGAUUGGCAGAAGGCAUUUCGCUGUCAGGUAUCAUGGCAAUCCUGUUCUCUGGUAUUGUGAUGUCUCACUACACACACCAUAACCUUUCUCCAGUUACACAGAUUCUAAUGCAGCAGACACUGAGAACUGUUGCUUUUAUGUGUGAAACAUGUGUUUUUGCAUUCCUUGGUAUGUCAAUUUUUAGUUUUCCUCACAAAUUUGAAAUGUCCUUUGUCAUCUGGUGCAUAGUGCUUGUCCUGCUUGGCAGAGCAGUGAAUAUUUUUCCACUUUCGUACCUGAUCAACUUCUUUCGUGAUCAUAAAAUCACCCCUAAAAUGAUGUUCAUUAUGUGGUUUAGUGGUUUACGUGGAGCAAUUCCAUAUGCCCUGAGCCUUCAUUUGGGCCUAGAACCAAUAGAGAAGCGACAGCUCAUUGGGACCACAACAAUCAUCAUUGUAUUAUUCACAAUUUUGUUGUUGGGAGGAGGAACUAUGCCCCUGAUCAGACUGAUUGAUAUUGAAGACUCCAAAGCACGAAGGAGGAACAAGAAGGAUAUUACCCUCAGCAAGACUGAAAAGAUGGGCAAUACCAUUGAAUCUGAACAUUUAUCAGAACUCACAGAGGAAGAAUAUGAAGCCCAGUACAUAAAGCGCCAGGACCUCAAAGGCUUUAUGUGGCUUGAUGCCAAGUAUUUGAAUCCCUUUUUCACUAGGCGGCUCACACAAGAGGACCUGCACCAUGGACGCAUACAGAUGAAAAGCCUUACCAAUAAAUGGUAUGAAGAGGUGCGACAAGGGCCCUCAGGGUCUGAAGAUGAUGAACAAGAGCUUCUAUAGCAAGCUGGAAAAAGAAUAUAAUGAGCUCUGAUAACAGAGCACCAAAACAUAGAUAUAUGUAGCAUAAAGAGUCUGAUUGCACAAAAGCCAGGGCAUUAAGAACAAAGCCUGUGGGAUUCAGACUUGGUUUUGUGGUGUUGUGCUUAGUUUCACAGAAUGAAUACACUGUGUUGGGUAAGAUUAGUCAUUUGCUGGAAAUGCCCUACAGUAGUACAGAGGCACAUGGUGGGUUGAGCAAAGAGAACCAUCUUUAUGUCCUAAUUUCAGAACACCUGUAAGUUUCACUCAGCCCAUUCAAAAACCAAACCAUAUGCAUUAAAAUGAUAUUAAUGUUAAGAGUGCAUGUAGGGUGGAGGUUUAUUCCCCCUCGUGGAAUUUGCUGUACAUGUACGCUGUAGCACAGAUUCUGUACUAUGACUCCACAAAACAGAAUGCAUUAUACUUUACUCUUUACUUUUUUAAUACUCGUUUGCAUCUAGCAGGGGGAUUACGGUUUUAUAUUGUGAAUUGUAUCAACAAUAGUUUGUGAAUCUGCCUGGAAUCAAUUUUGCAUAUUAUGAAUCCAGAUUUGAUAACAAUCACCUGAUAGAAGAUGCUGCAUGUGUGCAGAAGUAUCUUUUAAACCCUAGGUCCUUCUGCCCCAGUACUAGCCAUAUCAGCCACUUACAGACGUUAACAAAAAAAGAAAAGUGCUUUACUAGAAAAGGCAGCGCGUUAGUUUGACCAGGCUCUGCAGUGCCUGUAUAGAUUGGGUGCUUCACCGGAGCUUUUUGGCACUUUUAGCUAAAGCUGAUUCAGUCAGCUAUUGGAUAAAAGUCCAAAGCCCCACUAAAGCAUCCAAUUUAUAUAGACAGAGGGCUAGCCAGGUCUAAUUAAUGUGAUGUCUCUUCUGGGUAUGCCCUUUGUUCAGUGUGGGAGCACACCAAGUUUAAAGUAAGGCUUAAUUUUGUGGGGUGGGGUUUAACAUCUAUAAGUAGCCAUCAUGAAAUCUUUUUACGUGACGGGACCUAAACUUAAUUUGAAAAACAUAGAUUUUUUUUCACUAUUUUUUUUCUCUCAUCUGUAAUUUAAAACAAUGGAACUUGUAUUUUUUUUUAAUUGUAUUAAGCAAAGGGUUUUUCCUGGCUGGCAGUAUGGGCUUCUGAUCUCAAACAGCAGCUAUCUGUGUUGAUGGAUUCUUAAAUUUAAGAAGCAUUAGUAGCAGGCUAUCCAUAUCAUGUUUUUUCAGAAUUAAUAUAGAAGAAAAGCUCACAAGACUUUUUAAUACUAUGCAUUGUUGAAACAUCUUUUGGGAAAUGCCAAACAUUUAACCUUCCAUUAAGUUGUCCAGCUGCUUUAAUUUUUUUAUAUGUUCAUAGUGCCACGUAAAAACGUUUGGCACCCUAACCUCCUCCUACAUGCCAUGGUCAGCUUGAAAAAAAACUACAUGCCAUGAUAACACAUGCAGUGAUUACCACACACUUUUAUAGCCAAUUUUAUUGCCACCUGAUCAUUACCACAUGCAUUUUCUGCAACUGUGUGCGCAACUGCUGUCCUCUGUAUGCAGAUCAGGCAUUCAGAUGCACAUAGAAAAUGUGGUAUAGCUUUUUUUUCUCCUCCUUUACUGGGUAUUUUUGUCACAGAUCUAUGGUAUAUUUUUUCCAGGGGAUUAAAAGACCUGUCAGGAAUGUAUUCAGAGAGCAUAAAUUCUGAGUUCUGCAUUGACUGAGUAGUUUUUUAUGUGUGUAUGUUUGGAGUCUGUUGUGGUAUUUAUAAAAAUAAGGCAGCAGCUGGUGAAACCUCUGUGAGGAUUCAAUAUGUUCUUCCCACUGUCAGUCGUAUCAGAUUAAAGUGAUUAGGGAAGUGGAUUAAGGUUUUGGUUUCCUUUUCUAUAUACAUACUUUGAAACAUGCCUUUUGACAGUGCCUGAUGCUAGGAAAUUACUCUCAGCUCUAGAUUAGCUGUGCUUAAAUCCUUCAGUGAUAUCUCAUUAGCAGCAUCACCAGAGCUAUGGGCAUCUUUCAGGUGUAUUUCAUGUUGACAGAAGUUUUGGAGGAUGAUAGCCUUCUUCAAUCGUAGCUGGGUGCGCACUGUCUGUGCAUUUUCACUUGCAAAUUUCUGUAUCUCAUGAGAGAAAAUGCUCUUUUUCUGGUAACAAGGGAAGCACACUUUCUGUAUGAAUCAACCAUGACAUGCACUACAUCUCUUGUCCUUAUAUGUAAGCAGACUGUGUCAUGCUUUAUAGAACUGAAACACGCAUUAAUGUGAGUCUGCAAAAGAGAAAGAACUGAGCCUUUUUUGGUGCUAAGCACUGAAAAAUGACCUCUUGCAUGCUUUUUAAGAGGAGAACAAAUCUUUUUAAAAAAUAACAAAGGUUUCUUCAUCCUUUUUGGUAACAGUAAAUUGAAUUAAUCUUUUUGUUACCAGUACAUACUUAUUAGGGGUGUGUGCUUGCACACACAGAAUAUGAAAACUGAAAUUAGAGAAACAUGAGGUGAGAGAGAGAGUGUGCGUGUGUGUGUGUGUAAAUUUUGUAUAGCUGUUUUUUCAGGUGCCCAUUCAGAGCAACUGGCUCCAUUUUUUAUGGGUUGUUGAAUCUGCUCACACAAAGAAUAGUCUAAGCCAAGGCUGUUCAACUGGCAGUUAAUGUGAGGCCCCCGGGCUCUCACCCAGCCUCUGCUGCCUCUAUCACUCUGCCUGCAAUAGCAGCCAGAAUCUCCAGGCUUCCCCUUCCUCCUCCAGCUGCUGCUUCCUGUCUUCGCAAUACGAGGCCUUCACUGGUGCAGCUGCUGGGGCAUGUGCCCCCCACAUGGGCUUAGGAGUUGGACAGCCCUGGUCUAAGCUAUUAGGGCCAGCAGGCCAUUUUGAGAUCAUUUAGGGCAUGAGGAUUGUUUUCUACUGUGUUUAUUUUGUUUGCAAGAGAAGGUAGAUGUUAUAUCUGUAAAUAGGUAAACAUCGCAUUUCAGGCCAGUCUUUCCCAGUUCAAACACUUGAGCUUUGGGCAGUAGUUUUGGGGGGUGCAGAGUGUUAUGCACUAGCAACUAAAUGGGAACUAAAUAACUGAAGUAAAUUUUCAGUCACUGAAGAGUUUUUUUGUGGUUUUGAGAUUGGGUCAUUUCUGCUUUCUAUUAACCACUAGCAGGCAUCUGUUUCUGAGAAUCUCAUGUUAUAGGACACAAAGGCAAAGGAGCCUAAAGCCUACAAAGCCACCUUGAGCCCCUCUGAUCUUGCGUUGUCUAUGCUGAUCAUAACUUAGAGCAAUCCGAAGGCUUCUCUAAAUUUAUACCAGUUGCAGUUCCUCCAGCGGACUGUUAGCAGACAUGGACUUCUGUGCCCCUUUUUCCCUAGCUAUUCUCCCUGUUAACAAUACUAGAUUCUCCAUUGCUACACUACCACGCCAUACUGGAGAAUCCCCUAUACUGGUCUGCUUGUCCUGGAGCCAUUAUAUGGGGUUUAGAGUCACUUUGUAAUGGGAAUGUAACAGAAGGCAGCCAAAGAUCAGAGCCACCAUUCUCAGUUAUUUGAUUAUUCCAGUGAAAGAAGAGGCUAACUAAAAUGGAUGAAAGGUCUGCACUAAUAUAACUUCCUUAAAAGGCUGAUCUAGUUCAUUCAUUCUGUUGAAUUGGUCAUUUCCUGCCCUCUGCUGGCGAUUUGUGAAAAUGCAUUUAGAUUUAGUUCACAAAGCAUUUGCCAAGAGAAAUUUAGUAUCCAUUUACAUUUAACUAAUGAACUGAAAUAAAUUAAUUAAAUGAGCCUGGAACACUUCAUUUAAAGGAACUCUUUUUUUUUUUUUUUUUAAUUAAAAGGCAACUAUAUUAAUGCUUUAAUAUGAAGUUUAAUGGAUUAAUCAAAAAAACCCCAACAAAAGCAAACUUACAUUUAUGAGGGGGAAAUGGUUUUGUGGUUAUACCACAUGAUUGGCAAUCAGGACUUCCAGAGUGUCUGCUCGGCUCUGCUUUGGGCUCUGACUCUGUAACGUCAAGCACAAUAUUUCACUUGUCUGUGCCUCAUCUUUCUUAUCCUGUAAAAUGGUUUUAUCUGGGUUUCACUUUUUAGAUUACAAAAGACUUUUCAGAGACCCUGUACAGCUCCACUAUACAUUUUUAGCACUGCAGCUUUGAUGCCAGCCCCCUCCUCAAGUGAAUUUUGGGACAGUAGCUUGUAGACAUAGAAGCAAACUGUAACAGCCCACAAAUGACUACUCACAAAUGUUAGGUUGCAAUCUUUCUUCUUGCAGUAGCUGGGUAUGUUUUAUCCUGUAUUAUAUUGGAUUCAGGUAGAGAAAUACCUGUUUUUGUCCCCUUUUUUUUUUUUUUUGCCAAUAACUGAUUUUUCAGGUUUAUGUUUAAAUACUUUGGCUUUCGGUGACACUCGUUACUCUAGUGUUAGCAACUCUCAGAUAUUUGGGCUUUCUCUUCACAAAACUCUGGGAGGCAAAUAAAUAUGUAGAUAGUUACAUCUUGUUUUGCAUUUGAUGAUUCCUCUAGUACAGUACUUUGCACUUUUCUGUGUUGAAUUUCAUCUUGCUGAUUUCAGAUCAUUUCUCCAGUUUAUCAACAUUAUUUUCAAUUCUAAUCUUAUCCUCCAGAGGGCUUGCGACCUUCCAAAGCUUGAUGUUGCUUGCUGUCAAGCAACUUGCAUGUUACUUUUUGUAAGUGAAUACCCUAUUCCACCCUCCAAGCAGUUAAUGAAAAUACUGAAUAGAGCUGGACUCAAGACAGAUCUGUGAGAGCCCCGGUGAUUGUGACAGUGAAGUAUGGAUAGCAGCUCUUGUACAUGCACCUCAUAAUCAUUUCAUUUAAGCCAUAUUUCUCAAGUACACUUAUGAGAGUGUCAUGUGGGUGGAUGUUAAAAGCCUUACUAAAGUUAAGAUACAGUAUUUCCCCUAUGCACUAAGCUAGUUACCCUUUCAAGAUAUUGAGUGCCUUUCCACUUGUUGAAGUUAGGUUGACUGAUCUGUAAUUCUCUGGGUCUUCCUUUCUCCCCUUCCUAAAAAUAGGUUUUCUGUUUCCCUGUUCCAGCCCUUCUGGACUCCCCCAAUCCUCCAGCAGCUCUCAAGGAUCAUCACUGGUGGUUCAAAGAUUGUUUCAGCUGUUUCUUUAAGAACUCAAGGGUGAAAGUCAUCAGGCUCUGCUGACUUGAAUAUGGCUAUCUUACCUAAAUAUUUUUUCAUCUGUUCUUCCUGUAUUCCAGACUGUACUCCUACCCCUCUGUGCUUAAUAUUGAUUGUACUAAGUAUCUGGUCACAACUGAAGACUAAAGCAAAAACCCAUUGAACGUUUCAGCCUUCUCUGAAUUAGUUCUGUAAUUUCCUCACUUUCUCCUUCAGAUCAUGGUCUUUUACUUUCCUUUGUUCUUCUCUUACUCAUAGCGUGUUUAUAGAACAUUUUUGUAUUGCCUUAUACCAACUCCCUUGCUAGCUUUCAUUUUGUACCUUUGAUUUCUACUUUGGAUCACACAUGCUUGUGCUCUUCUUUAAUUCUCUUCCUUAUCAGUACAUCCUUGUUUCCAUGUUUUGUGCAUUUCCUGUUUGAUUUUCAGGUCACUAAAGAGCUCUGGACACAUCCUAAUAACUAAUAUAGAGAUUAAUCUUUCCUUCCACAUGGGGCAGUAUUGGCACAGUGGCAGUCUUGGAAAGUGCCAGCUCCCCUGAAUUCCUUUUUCCCUUUGAAAUUCUUCUUAUGAGAUUUUACCUUCCAGCUGAAUUCUGUUUUCAUUUUCUUUUUUCCUAAUGUCUUUUCAUUAAAAGAACAUUAGAGAGAGACAGCACAGUUAAAACCUGCCUGAACUCCAGUGUUUGCUUGCCUUUGACAAGGAUCUGCACAUGUGGUUGUCUGUUGUUUCACCUUUAAAUCAUUUGCUGACCUCAUAUGUUAAAACAUUUCUGCAGCAGGUCCCCUCUUCCCAUAAAUAUGAGCAGAAGAUCUUGGGGUAAAGUAGAUGUUUAUGAAUGUAGUGGUGUCGGUUGGCACUGGCUGUAGCUGUCUGACCAUAGGGAGUACCUAACAUACUUGACACAAGCAAGCUAACACAUCUCAGCUAACAGCUCUUCUUUUGGCUUGGGCAAGUGUCUUUGAACAGCCUAUUUUACAGGCCAGAGACAAUUUUGCAGCACCAGCAGAAAAAUCUUGAGCUAAAAGCCAGGCUCCACUGCUCCUCUGGGUAUGUUCUAGCAGUGUGAUGACCUUGAGACUGCUGCUCAGAGUGGCGACAGGCUGUAAAAUCACACAGCUCCAUAAUGAAGACACAAACCUUACAGCUUUUACCCCAAAUCCUAAUCCUCAGGCUUUUGACGGUAACAAAUACACACUUGUCCUCCCAUACAAAAUUCUGAGUGAACACGGGGCCAAAUUUUGCUGGUGGUUACAUUGGCAUAAUGCUAUGACUUUGACCAAUUUGGGAAGCCGACUUCAGAACAAAUGACUGAAAGUGUCCAAACUCAGCUAAAAUUCAGAUUAAGGUAACAUUAACAAAAAGCUAUGAGGCAGUAACCACUUCUGUAGUACCUACGUAUCAGUAUAUUUGCAGCUCCUGUCAUGAUAAUAGGGAGGCAUCCUCACCUAGGCAAAGCCCCAGUGGGACUGUAAAGAUCAAUAGUAACUUGUUUUUAGUUGGAAGUAACUGAGAAAGAGGUGCAGUAUUUUGAAACCACAGUGAAUGAGCACACGUUUGUCAAAUUAAAACAUUCUUGAUCCAUUUAUUUUCCCUGCUAUCUUGGAAGUAAGUGAAUUUCCACAUGACCCUCACCGCACAGCAGUCUAUUGCAUGUCACUUACAACAUUUUUAUUUAAGGAGGCUUGGUGAGCAUUUUGGCUGUUGUAUUUCUGCAUCAAACAUUUCCAGCUGUUCAGAGCUUCCACUUGAAUGGCUAAACCGUAGAGCAGUUCAUGACGGGUCACUUUAGCUUCUGGCUUUCUCUGGCAGCAAGCAAAGAAUGCUGCUUGUCAUCUUUCUUGGAGGCGAAGCUGUCCUACUUUCUGCUUAAAGGAGCAGGUUUGGUAGAUAUUAAUCUCUGUGGUAGAUUUCGCAAGUGUCAACAAUGUUCAUAAUCAGACUGAGAUUAUGAUGGAUGGCAAAUAGGAGGGGUGAGGGACAUGCCAAAGGACUGUUUUUGCCUCCUUCCAUGAUUUUUCUAAAACAACACAUGAAAGUUUUUUCCAAAGUGAUACAGGGGUAUGACCAGCAAGGAAUGUGGGAAAGAAAUAAAUGUAGCAUUUACUCUGAGCAGGGUGAAACCCACAGAUGAUUAAUUUAUGUUGGCUUAGAAAUGUGUGAUGCCUCUUUUUAUCUAUGCCUAUUGGUUUUUGCAUAUGGAAAAUGUGCAAAAAUGAUGUUGUAUUUGAAUAGUAAUGCUGCAUUAGAGUUCCUGCUGCAAGCUGCCAUCACAUGAAAGAAGCCAGAAAUAUCCAGGCACGACUUUGAAGUGAGUGGUGUUUCACAGUUAAGAAUUUUAGUUCCUAGUUUCAUGGAGUAUGUUCUCACUUGAGAAGCUCAAGGAUACCCUCAGAAUAAGUAAGCUUGUGUCUAAAGUUAGGCUUAUCAGGUUCCAGAUCUGCAUAUACUGGUAAUACUUCUACCCACUUUGUUGAGUAAUUUUCUGAAUACUUUUGCAAAUAUUUAUUUGGUCAUAACUCUCCUGAGAGGGUUUGGGAGGGAGCUUUAUAAUAUAAUUGUUUUGUUUAGAUUUCAAGAGAUUGGUAGUACAAAGAUAAUGACAUAGAAAUUUCACUUUUUAAAAUUAUCUUUUGCAAAAUUCACCUGUUUUAAAUGACCUUAUUUGCAUGCAUAAUCAUGGAUUUAUGUGUAUAUUAAUCCCCAAAUUCUAGGAAUAUGGGUCCAGAUACCUUUAAAAGAUUUCCUUAUGACUUUCACUAGAUUUCUGAUUCUUUCAGUCUUUAUUAACAGAUUCCUGUGUUUGCAAAAUCUAACAUUGCAAUUCCCUUCUUGAUUUGCAUUGAGUUCUUAGUAAAUGUGUAUUGUUGGCAACGGGUGUGCAGAAUCCAAAUGGUUGCAUUUGCCUGAGCAAUUUAAACUUCAAGAAGUUGUAAAUGGAAUAGGAAAUUUAUUUAUUUUUAAAUAAAAGUUGUCACUGAAAAAGCA